UGAAAAAAAGCCACAAGGAAUAUUAGCGCCCAAGGGGGUCACCGUACAUCUAUUAAAAGCAGAUGCUUGGCACUAGGCGGGGUCUCGUUGACGAGCCAGCCCCUGAAACCGACCCUUCAACUCGCCCAGAUGCAUACUUUUGCAAAUCAUCACUAGUUAAUCUUGAGGUUUUAUUAAAUUUGAUGCCCACUUUGUCUGCUCUGCUGUGAGAUCGUUUCUCUAUAAAUCAAUUUUGUUCAGUUUCUCUUGUGCAGCAGGAUUAUACCCCGACAGGAAACGAAACUCGCACUUCAAAUUAUGAUGUUUGGAUAAGAAGGGAGUGUCUCUAAUUGAGGAUCGAUUGAAGAACUGAUCCCCAAUACUUGCUCGUGUAUUGAUCGGCAAACUUUUCAAUGUCCGGUGUUCAAUAAGGAAGAAAUUAUGAACAUAGUUAAGGGAGUUGCAGGCUUACUCCGGAAGCCUUCAGGUGCUCAGGUGGGAGAAAGUCACGUGGCUCCACAAGUAGAAGACUUGUCAAAACCACCAUGGCCAGAAAUACAAUUUGGGAUAGAAGGUGAUGAAGCAGUCUUGGAGUUGGAAUGGGAGAAAUAUGAAAAUACAUUGGAUAAGGAAGAGAAAGAAAAUUCAUUGCAAGCCUUCCUUUCACACUUCCUUCAAGUAUUUGAAGAUUGGAGACCUGCUGAAUGGCAGAAUCAGACUUCUGAUGUAGCCACCCUAUCACUGCCCUCACGAGGCACCUCAUGCAAUGGAGAUUCCAUGAAAGGCUGUGCAACUGGUCAUCCAACAAGAGUUAUUCUGGCAUUAACACAAGAAAUGAAGAGCCUAAUUUCUUAUGUUAUGGAAUUGCAGUCAACUCCAGAUUCAACUGAUGCAUCCCCAAAUCCAUUGAAUAUGGAGAGAGGAUUGCGAUUACUGGAUGCUUUGAGAAUUUUAAUGCGUUCAGUACACAAUCAAUGGGUUUUUGGCUAUUAUGGAGGAUUACAAACACUUGUGGCUCUGAUGAAAGCUGCAGUGGUUCAGUUGAAAGCACUCAGUGGUGCCUUAUCAAUGGAAGAAGCAGUGCCAUAUUCAUUUUCAGUACAGAUGAGCUUCUUAAAGUGCCUACUUGCACAUGUUGUUUCAAUUGUUUCUAAUUUAGUUGAUGUAAAUUCUCAUCAUUCUGAGAAGGAUGACACAACCGGCAAAAAUGUAGAGCAAGCUAGAUUGAAAGAUGACGCAAAUGUUUUUGGAGCUAAUGCUUUAAAUGCCUUAGAAAGCCAAGGUUUAAACUCAAGAAGUGAUUUUUAUCUCAAGCAGAGGGCUACAAUACCAUUGAUGGAGACAGGGGGUCUUAACUGGCUUGUAGAGCUUUUACGAGUUUUAAGGAGAUCGCAGCUAAAGAAUCAAUUAAUGGAAAUGCCCCUAGAGCAAUUGACAUUAAGAACUCUAAAAUCAGCUUUGAUUGCAAAUCCACGUGCACAGAAUCACUUCAAAAGUAUUGGUGGCCUUCAAGUCUUAAUGGAUGGCCUUGGCAUAUCAACUACAAUGGGCGAGUUAGUAAAUCUAUCCAAAGGAUAUGAUCUCAGCUCUGUCAAAUGGGCAUUCAAAGACUUUCAGUUGCAGAUUCUAUCACUCGAGGUCUUAAAAGAGGCAGUAUAUGGAAAUUUGAAUAGCUUACAGUUUCUGUUUGAAAAUGAAGGAGUUACUAAAUUUUCUGACAUAAUUCGUUGGUCAGCAUUUGUACUUCCUGUGCUUGAGUUGCCAGAGUCUGAUAUAUUGGAGACUGGCCAAUUGAUUACAGGUUCUAAUGAUGACAGGGCUCUUUUCCCAGAAGGGUUUUUAACUGGUAGCUCAUCUGUAAGAUUUGACUUUUCAGAAGGUGCUAUGGAUGGUGACAAAUACAAUAUUAAUAAAUGGGGUUUUCAUGUUGCUCACUUGUGUAGAAUACUUUGCUCCUUUCUUGUUCCUUCUGGGAAUAUUGAUUCUCUGUCCAGUCAAUUUUUUAGUGGUCAAGGUUCUACAGGAGUAUCUUUUUCAUACUUGGAGCUUGCUACCAGGUGGAUUUUGAAGGUUUUGCUUUCAAUAUUCCCUGGAAAAUCUGUUUGCUCUCAUUGGGAGGAAAUGCUCAGAGAUCCGAGGAUGUUAUGCUGCAACUUGCAACAUUAUAUGCUGUAUGUGUUCAGAAAGAUUCUUGCUUCUUCACCAGCAUCCCUUAAAUUUUUUCGGGAAGGAAUUUGGGACAUGCUGUUCUCGGAAUAUUUCUUCUAUUUUAAGAUAGGCGCAGAAAGAAUUCCAUCUCAGACUAUUUCCGACUCUGAAGCUUCAAUAAAGGGAUUGCCUGCACAUUUUUUGGCAUCUAAACAAUCAGCUACUGAUUGUAGUUCCUCCAAAAAUGAUAAUUCAAAUAUGAUCCAUAUUGAAAUUCUUCAGAUGGAUGUGAUCUCAUUCGUUGAAUUUGCAGCAACAAUCAAUGUUUGCGACAAUAACAUGGCUGAGUGUUUAGCAUUAAUGGAUGCUCUUGAAAGGUCUGCCUGUCAUCCUGAAAUCGCAACCAUGCUGGUUAAGAGUCUUCAUCGUAUCCUACAACUUGCAGCAGACCCAACUGCUGCUUCUUUCAAGCAUUUAAAUGCAACUACACGGUUUUCAAAUGUGAUGUGUAAACAGAUGCAGGACUUUGCAAAAAUUGUCAAUUCAUAUGAUCCUUCUACAAACAAUAAGCUCCUUGAGUGCAUACAAGAUGCAACUGAGACUUGCAAUGCCUUUAGUCAUGAAAUUUGGAGGCGAUGUCUGGAUGCUAUGUUUGCUCUAUUUGCAGAAUAUCUGUCUAUAUCAGAGGAUGCAAUUUUUUUGGCUUUACACGAUCCUGUGACUGUUGAUAAUUUAUUCAACUUGCUAUGGGAGGAAUAUUCAAGAAAAUUUGCACUGAGACAUAUUUUGGACUUAAUAAAGUUACAUUCCUUAUCUGAAAAAGAUCAAGAGGCAAAGCUAGGAUUGUGUUUCAAGUAUUUUGAAACAUUUCCUUGUAUAAAGGAAUCAGAUCGAAAAUUUGGAAAGAAUAUUUGCAGAGAUUUGCUUGCAGGUGUGCGAGAUAUACUACAGACAAAUCCAACAUAUUAUCAGGAUCUAUUUCGUGAUGGGGAAUGCUUUCUUCACAUUGUAACAUUGCUAAAUGGGAACUUUGUAGAUGGACUUGGUGAACAACUAUGCUUGGAUGUUCUUCAAACUCUGCUAGCACUUCUUGCUGGCAAUGAAGCUUCCAAGGUUGCAUUCAGAUCACUUGUUGGCUUGGGUUACAAGACUCUAGAAAAGCUUCUUUUAGAUUGUUGUGAGGGACGACCGAGUCAGGAUCUCUUGAAUGCUCUUUUGGAUUUGCUUGUUGAUGGAAUUUUCAAUAUGCCAUCUUAUAUGACAAUACAGAAUGAGGAUGUGAUCACUCUGUUUUAUAACAUACUUCGACAGUGCAAUGAGAAAAUGCAGUGCAAUGGGCUUGAUACCUUCCUUUGUUUAUUAGAGGAGUCAACUGCCAAUUGCGCUUCUUGUGUUAGAGCAGGCUUGCUUAGUUUUCUAUUGGAUUGGUUUAGCACAGAGGAAAAUAGCACACUAAUUUCCAAAAUCGGACAGCUUAUACAAAUUAUUGGUGGACAUAGUAUUACUGGAAAAGAUAUUAGAAAGGUAUUUGCUCUUCUCCGGAGCACUGAGGAUGGAGCUAGGCCAAGUCAUAGCAGUUUGCUUUUGAAUACUGUUCAGGGGAUGUUGAAGGAUGAAGGGCCAGCUGUGUUUUUUGAACUCAAUGGCCGUGACUCGGGAAUUGAGAUAACAACACCUUUGCACUGGCCUUGCAACAGAGGUUUUACAUUUUCAUGCUGGGCCAGGGUAGAGAGCUUUCCAGGAAAUAAUGAAGUUAUGGGUUUAUUUAGCUUCCUCACUGAAACUGGAAAAGGAUGUACAGCGCUGCUUGAUGAGGAGAAACUCAUAAUAGAGACUGUGACUAUGAAACGACAAGCUGUGUCUCUGAGUAGCAAGUUGUCUCCUAAAAGGUGGUACUUCCUUUGCAUAACUCACAGUACUGGAAGGACAUUCUCUGGAGGGCAUACACUAAAAUACUACGUGGAUGCAGCUCUUGUUGGUAGUGAAAAAGUCAGAUACCCAAAAGUAACAGAGAAGUUGACACAAUGCACAAUCGGAGCUCGUACUCCCUUUCUUUCAGUCAGCGAAUUUGGUGAUGAAGUUAUUGCCCACAAACUCUCCUUGCCCUUCUGUGGGCAGCUAGGCCCAGUUUAUUUGUUUGAUGAAGUUCUUUCCUCCAACCAAGUUUUGGGCAUUUUCUCUCUUGGGCCAACCUACAUGUAUUCAUUUCUUGAUGCUGAAAGUGGACAUGUUCAAGAAAACAUUUUAACAUAUGGCAUCCUUGAUGCAAAGGAGGGUCUUGCUCCAAAAAUGGUUUUUGGGUUCAAUGCACAGGCCAGUUCCAGCAGAAGUUUGUUUGAUAUAUCACCAUUGUUGGAUCAAUCAAAGGAUCGAAGCUCAUAUACAGCAGUUAUCAUGGCAGGAACCCGCUUAUGUUACCGCCGAAUUCUACGUGACAUACUUGAUUGUGUUGGUGGUGUUUCUGUUUUUUUCCCCCUUCUUACACAACUGGACCAACCAAUUACACGGUCAUCUGUCCAUGGACAAGGAGACAUGAUAUAUCAUGGAUGUGGCUUUGGUGACCAUGUUGCAGCUGAAGUUAUUGAGCUCAUAGCUUCUGUAUUAGAUGGGAAUCUUGCAAAUCAACAAUUCAUGUGUAAUAUAUCUGGGUUUUCUAUACUCGGAUUCUUGCUCCAGUCAGUUUCUCCUCAGCACCUCACUAAUAGUGUUGUUUCAGCAUUAGGAAAUCUUUUGACUAUCAUUGGAAAAUAUGAAUCAGAUGCUUCUCAGAUGCUUGUGAAGAAUGCACUGCUGAGAAUAUACCUGAAUCCGCAUAUAUGGAUAUACACACAAUUUCUUGUUCAGAGGGAACUGUACAUGUUUCUUCUAAAUUAUUUUGAGAGGAACUUUUUAGUGCUAAGAGAUCUUGUUGGACUCCCAAAGAUUCUUGAUAUCAUACGUCAGUUUUAUUGGGACACCCCGAAGAGUCAUCGAGCUUUUGGAAACAAACCACUUUUGCAUCCUAUAACUAGAGAGAUAAUAGGAGAGCGACCCAGGCCGGAAGAAAUUAGUAAAAUCCGUCUUUUGCUGCUGAGCCUGGCUGAAAUGGUGUUGAGGCACUGUGUUUCAAGAUCUGAUGUAAAAGCUCUUGCUGCUUUCUUGGAUAAAAGUGAGGACUCAAAGUGCACUGAGGAUGUCUUACAUAUGGUGCUUCGACUUCUUUCUCAUAAGCCCUUUUUUUCAGCAUUUUUGGAGCAUGUCCAUGUUCUUGGGGGUUCUCAAAUUUUCUUAAAUAUUCUGAAACGACAAACAGAAGUUAUCAGGUUGCAAGGUUUGCAAGUUUUGGGAAGGAUUUUGGUUGGAACACCUAUUGAGAAAAAGGGCAUGCGCUUAUUUUCACUUGGAGGUGGGAGUGCAAAAUUUUCCACUGAGAAUCAGCAGAGGGACCAGUCAAAAUUUGAACCCAUUUUCGGUGCAAUUGCAGAUAGACUCUUGUCAUUUCCCUUCACAGAUGCUUUGUGUGCUACUCUAUUUGAUGUUCUUCUAGGUGGUGCUAGUCCUAAGCAGGUUUUGCAGAAAGCUCAUCAUCCACAGGAGCAAGGCGACAAGAAAACAUCAGCUGCUGCACCUUCAUCCCAUUUUGUCCUGCCUCAGAUAUUGGGAGUUAUUUUUAAAUUUAUUUUAAAUUGUCAAGACUUUGCAACAAGGGAGUGUAUAUUGACAGAUUUACAGAUGCUGCUUCAAGCAAAUCAGUCAAAUAUUGAUUCCUUGAUUUCAGAGUAUAUGUGGCAGGCCUGGUUCUUGCAAGUUUUGUCUGAUGACAAAAUAAAGGAACGUCAGAUUCUAGAGUCCAGUGAAGCUUAUAUUACACAAGAUAGUGAGAAAAUGCUAGUAAGAAAUACUUUUUGUAUUGUUCACUGUCACUGCAUAUGUAAUGUAAAAGGGGGAUGGCAUCACAUAGAGCAAACCGUGAAUUUCCUUCUCUUGUAUGUGGAACAGGCACAAGUUUCUGGAUUAACUCUUAUGCAUGAACUGCUGGAAGACUUGGUAAAAGAACUGCUUGACAUUGCUUUGAAGCAGACCAUAUUUGCUGUGCAACCUUGUCGUGAUAACACACUAUAUCUUCUCACGCUAAUUGAUGAGAUGCUAAUCAAAGACACUCUCAGUUCUUUACCCUUUCCUGGAAAUAGUUUGUCUGAGGAGCUAGUGGAUGAUGUUCAUGCUUUUGAAGGUUCUUAUCUGGCUGGGCCUUCUGAACAUUCAGGAAAAAUGCACGCUUUAGUUGAUGAUUUGAGUGGAAUUUCUGAUGGCAGAGGUAUUAAAAGGUCCUUGUCAAUGAACCAGUUGAGAGGUUGGCAGCAUUCUUCUAAUCAGGAAAUUGCCACAGAGGACCAUUGCUGGCACUUAUAUGACAAGGUUUGGACACUUAUAAGUGAGAUGAAUGGAAUGGGUCCAAGCAAGAGAUUCAUAGAAAGAACAACGGGUCCAUCUUUGGGUCAAAGAGCACGUGGUUUAGUAGAAUCUCUCAACAUACCAGCAGCGGAAAUGGCUGCAGCAGUUGUAUCAGGAGGACUUGCUGGAGUAGUGAACAUUAACACAAGUAAGGUUGCUGACAAAGCUAUCCGACUGCGAGGAGAAAAAUGGCCAAGGAUUCUCUUCCGACUGGUGUUACUGUAUGUUUACAAAGCUGAUCUGGGAGGAGCAUCUCGUUGUGCUCAACAAUUUGUAUCACUUCUUCCACGUCUCUUAUUAAAUGACAACGAGCAGAUAAAAAACAGGCUUCAACUCUUUAUUUGGUCCUUGCUUGAUGCAAGAGCACAAGUUGGGAGCCUUGAUGAUGGAGCCCGUUUUCAUGUGAUCUCUCAAUUGAUACGAGAAAGUGUAAGGCAUGGUAAGAGCAUGCUAGCUAUGAGUAUUGCUGACAGAGACAACUCAGAGGAUCCAAGCAGCAUGCUGAAUGAGACUGGAUCUGUUAACAGUUUACUGCAGAGAGAUAGAGUUGUUGCAGCGGUGAGAGAGGAAAUAAACUAUAUAAAAUCAUCCAUUUCAGAGCGCUUAAAGCAAGUGCAGGAACUUGGCAUGGAGGUAGAAGAGUUGUCUAAUUUGGAAUGCUUGCAGAAGAAACAGCUGGAGGAUGAGUUGCUAAGUAACAUGGGUGUGAUUUGUUCAAGUGAUGGAAAUCGUAGAGCUGCAUCACGGCUUUCUUACGAUGAAGAUCAACAAUCUGUAGCUGACAAAUGGUGCCAUAUGUGUAGGGAACUGACUGAUGAAAGAGGGCCAUGGUCAGCCACACCUUUCCCAAACAAUAAAUUGACACGGUGGAAGCUUGAUAAAACUGAAGAUCCAUGUCGACGAAGGAUGAAACUUAAAAGAAACUAUGUCUUUGAUGAACAACUUUGCCAUCCUCCAUCUACACUUGUGCAUGAUGAUUCUGAAACUGGCCAAAAUGUUGAUAACUCGAAUCCUGGCAUGGGGAUUAAUGUGCUGGGUGAAGUCAAAAGUUUCUUGCUCAAGGGUUUGCGUGGAAUCAGUGAGGAGGAAACUUUUGAUGCUCCAGGAAAUGAAGAAGAUGAGCCCUUAAAUGCUGAUUCAGCUCCCAGUGAAGUCAGUCCAGCAGUAGAUCUUGCUACUGAAUUUAUUGAUCACAAUGACAAGAAAGUAGAUGAUGAAGUUUCAGACAAUAGGCAGGAGCAGACAGGAAAAUUCUCAGAGGCAGGAGAAAAUGAGGUGCUUCUUUCAGUUUCUUGUGUUGUUAUUACACCGAAGAGGAAAAUGGCAGGGCACUUAGAUGUUAUGAAAGCUUCUUUGCAUUUCUAUGUUGAGUUUGUGGUGGAAGGAACAGGAGGAUCACGUGUUUUUAAUGGUCAAGGUGGUUUAAAUUAUCCUGAAAAUGCUGAAUCAUACCAUUUGGAAAGAGCUUCAAAACAAAAAACCUAUAAAAUCCAUGCUAAUGGAGAGGGCGAAAAGGGAAAUCCCAUGGAGAGACUUGAUCCUGUUCAACAACGGGCUUUCUCUGGGAAGCAAAUAAAAGAUGUUAAGCGGCAUAGGCGAUGGGAUCUCAGUAAGGUCAAAGCUGUCCAUUCUACUCGUUAUUUACUGCAAUAUACUGCAAUUGAAAUCUUCUUCAGUCAUUCAAUUUCUCCUGUCUUCUUGAAUUUUGCUUCACAAGACCAUGCAAAAGAUGCGGGGAAGCUGAUUGUCUCUUUGAGGAAUGAGAUAUCUUAUCCAAAAUUAAGUUCAAGAGGCAGAGAUGAGGUUAUUCAUUUCAUUGAUAAACGAUUAGCAAUUGAAAAGGCAGAAAGGGCAAGAGAUGACUGGCGAAGGCGAGAAAUAAGCAAUUUUGAAUAUUUAAUGAUUCUUAACACUCUCGCAGGGAGAUCUUAUAAUGAUCUAACGCAAUAUCCUGUUUUCCCAUGGAUCUUGGCUGAUUACACUUCUCAGAAUCUCGACUUCAACAAAUUGACAACAUUUCGUGACCUUUCCAAACCUGUUGGUGCUUUGGACACAAAAAGAUUCCAGGUCUUUGAAGAGCGGUACCAGAACUUUUUUGAUCCUGAUAUUCCUAGCUUUUAUUAUGGAUCUCAUUACUCAAGUUUGGGAAGUGUACUUUAUUAUCUACUGAGACUGGAGCCCUUUACAACACUUCAUCGUAAUUUGCAGGGAGGUAAAUUUGAUCAUGCAGAUCGACUUUUUCAUAGUAUAGCAGCUACAUAUGCAAAUUGCCUGUCCAACACUAGUGAUGUGAAGGAAUUGGUGCCAGAGUUUUUCUAUAUGCCAGAAUUUCUGACUAAUUCCAAUGAGUACCACCUUGGCGUAAAGCAGGAUGGUGAACUUAUUGGGGAAGUUUUGCUGCCUCCCUGGGCAAAGGAAUCACCUGAGGAAUUCAUAUUAAAAAACAGGGAGGCCCUUGAGAGUGAAUAUGUUAGUCUGAAUCUUCAUAAUUGGAUUGACCUAAUAUUUGGCUACAAGCAACGUGGCAAGCCAGCUAUAGAGGCUGCCAAUGUUUUCUACCAUUUAACUUAUGAAGGUGCAGUUGAUCUGAAAGUUAUGGAGGACCCAUUACAAAGGGCUGCAGUUGAAGAUCAAAUUGCAAAUUUUGGACAGACACCCAGCCAGCUUUUCCGUAAAAAGCAUCCUAAGCGAGGUCCGCCCUUGCCCAUUGCUCGCCCAUUAUACUAUGCACCUGGUUCUAUUACAUUGACUUCAGUACUUCCGGCACCAUUCCAACAGUCAUCUGUGAUAAUAUUUAUCGGUGUGAUAGACUCGACUGUUAUACUUGUCAGCCAGGAGCUUAUGAUGUCAGUGAAAAUGUGGCUAACACCACAAUUACAGGCUGGAGGCAACUUCACAUUUUCUUCAUCACAGGAGCCAUUUUUUGGUAUUGGCUCAGAUCUCGCUAUUUCUCGUAAGAUAUGUAGUCCUUUGGCUGAGAACCUUGAGCUUGGAUCGCAGUGUUUCGCCACUCUACAAGUUCGCUCAUCAAACUUUUUGCUGAGUUGUGGACAUUGGGAGAACAGUUUUAAAGUUAUAGCAUUGAAUGAUGGACGCACUGUUCAAAGUAUAAGGCAACACAAAGAAUUGGUUACAUGUGUUUCAGUGGCAACAGAUGGUAGCAUUGUGGUUACUGGCAGUCAUGACACAACGGUUAUGGUAUGGGAAGUGUUGCCAUCCACUAGAAUUGUCAACAAGAAAUCCCGAGAUGCUCUAUUGGUUCAAGAUCGUCGAAAAGAUCACAUAAUAUCAGAUAAGCCUUGCCAUAUUCUGUGUGGACACGAUGAUGCUGUCACCUGUGUUGGUGUUUCCGUUGAGCUCGAUCUUGUUGUGAGUGGAUCGAAAGAUUCAAGUUGCAUUUUGCAUACCUUACGGGAGGGUAGGUAUGUACGUUCUAUUCAUCAUCCAAAUGGAAGUACAUUGUCCAAGAUUGUUGUCUCACAACAUGGACGACUUGUGUUGUACUCUAAUGAUGAUCUCAAUCUUCUUCUCUAUUCCAUCAAUGGGAAGCUUCUUGCAACGUCUGAAUCAAAUGGCCGUGUCAAUUGUAUGCAUCUCAGCAGUUGUGGUGAAUUCUUAGUUUGUUCAGGUGAUAAAGGGCAGGUUAUAUUACGUUCAAUGCAUUCACUUGAAGUUCUGAAGCGAUAUGAUACAAUGGGAAGAGUCAUUGUGUCACUGUUGGUGACCCCAGAAGACUGCUUCUUAGUUGGAACUCAAGAUGGUAGUCUAUUAGUGUAUUCAUUAGAAAGUCAGCAGCGUAAGAAUAGCCUUCUUCAAAGUACAAAAUCACGAACAUUUGCAGCUGGGUAGAUGAGUUGAUUUUUAGUAUCAGAAAUUGGAUCUGGUAGCCAGUGUAGUUUUUCAACUAGCAAUUGCCUUCAGCUCCUCAAGAGGCCUUUGUGUGAUAGCAUACAUAAUGAAGGUAUGACGAGACAAAAGGGACCAAAAUUCUAUCUAAAUAACUCUCAUUCCAUCACAUGCCAGCUCUAUUGGCUUUUGUAUGUUAUAUAUUUUGCUGCAAUUUGAUUGGUGCAACAAUGAAACUCUAUGGAGAAUAAAUAAACCGGCACUGUUCUUUACUUGCAGAACAAAAUUGUCUUUUUCUGAGGAUGUGCAGCGUUUGCAGAUGUGGAACUUAUAUGGGGUCUACAGCACCAUGUCUUGAAAAGUUCUAAUCUGUUAUUGCACCUCGAUGCUACAUGAUUUUGAACUGGAAACUUAACUGAUACCUAAGGGAGAAUUUCACAUGAACUGUGGAUUAGCGGAUAUAUUUUGUCCAAUUCCUUUAAAAUAGAGAUAGUGGAAUUGCCAGAUUGAUGAGCGAUGACGAUAACUUUAUCAGAAUUGUUCUAACGACCAUGUGAACAUAAGUGUAUUCAACAUGUUCAUUAAAUCCAGGUUGCAACUAUCAGGUUACCUGCAUCCUUGUAAGUUCUGGGAAAAUGUAAUAAUAUAUUCUUUUUUUCUUGUUUAAUCAUGAAUUCUCCUUGAUGUUGAGAAGCUGUACAUUGUUAUCUGACAAGUUUUUACCUUUCUAAAAGGUAAUCUCACAGAGCAAAGUUAACUUGCAAUCUGUGCAGAUGAUGUAAGUAUUUCAUUCUUUUGAAGUUACAGAUAUCUGUUCAAGCUGAUGUAUUAUAAUUGUUCAAUCAAUGCUAUAUUAUUUUAAUUUAUGAUGACCCCUUAUAUUCA